UUCUUUAAGCGGCUGCCCACUGAGAGGUCUGUGAAAGGGUCUUCGCCUCCUGCUCUGGUUUUCCGCGGUAGAGGGAUUGGCCUGCUGAGGAUUGACUGCCCCAGUGCCUUAGAAUCUGAGGAAAAAUGGCAAAUGUGGAUAGCGACUCCAGGCAUCUUCUCUCUGAGGUGGAACAUGAAGUAAGCCCUGGGCCUAUGAACAUCCAGUUUGACUCAUCAGAUCUGAGAUCUAAAAGGCCUUUCUAUAUAGAGCCUACCAACAUUGUCAAUGUGAAUGAUGUCAUUCAGAGGGUUAGCGACCAUGCUGCUGCUAUGAACAAGAGGAUUCAUUACUACAGCCGGCUCACCACUCCUGCAGACAAGGCACUGAUUGCUCCAGACCAUGUAGUUCCUGCUCCGGAGGAAUGCUAUGUGUAUAGUCCAUUGGGCUCUGCCUAUAAACUUAAGAGUUACACCGAAGGCUAUGGUAAAAACACAAGCUUAGUUACUAUUUUUAUGAUUUGGAAUACCAUGAUGGGAACAUCUAUACUAAGUAUUCCUUGGGGCAUAAAACAGGCUGGAUUUACUACUGGGAUGUGUGUCAUCGUGCUGAUGGGCCUUCUAACACUUUACUGCUGCUAUAGAGUGGUGAAGUCACGGAGUAUGAUAAGUACAUUGGACACAAGUACCUGGGAAUAUCCAGAUGUCUGCAAACAUUAUUUUGGCUCCUUUGGGCAAUGGUCAAGUCUCCUUUUCUCCUUGGUGUCUCUUAUUGGAGCAAUGAUAGUUUAUUGGGUGCUUAUGUCUAAUUUUCUUUUUAAUACUGGAAAGUUUAUUUUUAAUUUUAUUCAUCACAUUAAUGACACAGACACUGUGCUGAGCACCAACAAUAGCAACCCUGUGAUUUGUCCAAACGCUGGCAGUGGUGGCCGUCCUGACAAUAGCUCCAUGAUUUUCUACAACAAUGACACAGAAGUGCAGCUGUUUGAGAAGUGGUGGGACAAGUCCAGGACAGUGCCCUUCUACCUUAUAGGGCUCCUCUUGCCGCUGCUCAACUUCAAGUCUCCUUCCUUCUUCUCCAAGUUUAAUAUACUAGGAACAGUGUCUGUCCUCUAUUUGAUUUCCGUUGUUACCCUGAAGGCUAUUCGCUUAGGAUUCCAUCUGGAAUUUCACUGGUUUGUGCCAACAGAAUUUUUUGUACCAGAGAUAAGAGCUCAGUUUCCACAGCUGAUGGGGGUGCUUACUCUGGCCUUCUUCAUCCACAAUUGCAUCAUCACACUCUUGAAAAACAACAAGAACCAGGAAAAUAAUGUGAGAGACCUGUGCGUUGCUUAUAUGCUGGUGACAUUGACUUAUCUCUAUAUCGGUGUCCUGGUUUUUGCCUCAUUCCCUUCACCUCCAUUACCCAAAGAUUGUAUUGAACAGUCUUCCAGCAUUUUCCAUGUGCUGGUUCUUAACUUAGUCAUUGUGGGAGCUGGAGUCACCAUGGCCUGUUUCUACCCAAACAUAGGAGGGAUCAUAAGGUAUUCGGGAGCAGCCUGUGGCCUGGCUUUCGUGUUCAUAUACCCGUCUCUCAUCUAUAUAAUCUCCCUUUACCAAGAGGGGCGUCUGACAUGGCCUAAGUUGGUGUUUCACGUUAUCAUCAUCGUUUUGGGCGUGGUGAACCUGAUUGCUCAGUUUUUCAUGUGAAAACUCUUUUCUCAAGAUUUCUCCUGGUAUUCUGAACCUUGGCAACGGUUCUGCAUAAAAGAACUUGAAAAUGCUGUCAUUGCUGUAAUUCUAAGUGUUCUUCUAAGAUAAUUGGAAGCGAGGGAAAUGAUGGUCUCUCAUAAGUAUUUUUGUACUCGUGCUGGGAAGAUGUAAGUAUUAAGGAUGGUUUUUCUCAGUGACUUUCAUUCCCAUGUAUCCAAGUAGAAAUGUGGGAGGGAUCAUGCUGAUGUUUCUGCUGGUAAGUUAGGUGGGUGUGCUCCACCCACGGCAAGGAAUCUCAGGGGUCUUGGGUCAGGGCAUGUUGCCAGACCCUGUGUGUGCUUCCAUGUGGGCUCUUCCACCUUCUCAUUUGCUGGGCCAUUUCUCCAGUUUGCCCAAAGCUCAACUGUCUCCAACAGUAAAAACAAAUACCUCAUUUUAAAAGAAGUUUCCAUGGCAUCAUUAUUAAUGGGAUAAAUUCCUAACUCAAUACUUAAUCUGAAGAACAAAAAACAUUAAAUAGUGACCAUCCAUCAGAAGCUGUGUGUCCGAUAGGGCCAGUGGGGUAGCUGGUAUGUCCGUGAGCACCUAGAUGGUAGGGUAAAAGGACCUGGAGGCUAAGGUCAUCCUCAGUUUCACGGUCAGUUUGAUUGUCUCUUGGGGGGAUGGGUUGUUUGUUGGUUUUAGGUUUUUUUUUCCUUGAGAAAGGCUUUCUGUAUGUAUCCCUGGCUGUCCUGAAACUUGCUCUGGGGACCAGUCUGGUUAUGGCCAGUUUGAAACCAGCCUGGCUGUAUAAAGCCUUGUCUCAAGACGAGAGAGAGAGAGAGAGAGAGAGAGAGAGAGAGAGAGAGAGAGAGAGAGAGAGACCGAGACCAAAAGAAAUUAGGUGUCAGAUCAACUUUCGCAGAGUCCAUUGCUAUCUGACUCUUAAUUCGAAUCCAGCCCCAAUUCCCAAGCCAGAUCUCACACCUGACAAAAGCAGUUGUCCUUGCUUCUUGCCCUUGAGAACUGCAUGGACUGUGUGAAGCCCAGUGGAGGAAACCCAAAUGGAGAUGGGCAUAUGAGGCUCUUCAGAAGAGAAAGGAAUCGCUAGCUAGGAAGGGUAGGAUUACCCAGUGUACCCCAAGCCAUCCUGGGUCAGGUGUGACCCCCAGGAGCUGACACCCUCUACCUGCUUCUAUAACAGGAAGGGAAGAGUUAGGUCUCACAAGAAAAGCUUCUGACAAGAUGACUGAGAAAUCCAGAUUCUUAGAGUUAACACUCUUGCCAUCUUCCUUCUGAACAAACAGCUAAACCAGAAUCCAUAUCUGCCUAUCUCCCGUGUAACAGGACCUGUGGUCUACCCACAACUGCAAGCAUUUAGACUUCUCUAAUUUUGACUAAACUGUUUAAAACACAUCAUAAUUCCACUUCCCAGGACAGUGUCAUGUUCUAAAAAAAAAAAAAAAAAAAGAUGGUUUUGUGAAUCUCAAAAGCAGACCCAGAUUUAAGCCAGCUUUAAUUUAUUUUAGUAUAACUUUACAUCCCAGUAGUGCAUGGGUCUAUGUUUAUAAGGAUCUGUAAUUUCUAACACUUUCUAAAGUCUCAUUAUGAAAACUGUCAAGCAAAUGCACAAAUAGAAUAAUACGGAAAACUGCUGUGUGCCCACCCCUGGGUUUGGUAAUUGUAGGGUUAGCUGAAUUAGCUUCACCUGCUUCCUCCCGAGGUUUCUUUUCUACUGACAUCAUGAAAAACCAAUCUCAGACGUUAUGUCAUUUAGCUUCUACAAACCUUCAUAUUCAGCUAAUAGCCCAGGCUUUGAACCUCGUUACAUUUAUCAUGGAGCUAGUCUCAAAAGCUCUGGCUCACAGAAACGGCCGUAGACAUUGGGGCUGCAUGGGAAUCCGGGCUGGAGGAACUCUGGAACUUCAUGACUGCAGAGUCACCUUCCCUUAAUGACAUCUGAGUCAGAGCCGGGUGUUGUAAGAGGUGUCCCUAACUUGUUCUCGCUAUGUUCUUAGUAGUUUCUUUUGUCUUUGAGGACUUUAGAGACAAUUUCCACUCCCCACAACCCCUGCAAAGACGUUCUUGGAUGCUUUAACAAUCAAGGAUAAUUGGAUGUGGUUUUGCCCAUUUCAUAGAUAAAAGAUAAAAGGUAACCGGCAAAGGAUGCUACCCUCCAGAUGAAAAAGUAAUACAGAUUCAUGCUUUUGUUUUCUUAAGAACACUUAACAAGUUAGACCUCUUCCUGAUGUCCUGUGAGACAAGCCAAAUGACUUUGUCUCCUUACAGUUUUGUUCUUGUUUUUCCCCAUGAGCCUACCUGGGCCUUGCCACAGAGUCAGAGAACUCUGCCCACGAGUGCGUGUGUCCUGGCUUGUGUGAGAAUGGGGAGGUAGGAACCCACACGCAGCCAUCUUACCCUUUCUUUCUCUCUCUGCUCUCAUCUCUGAGCUUUCUCACUACGCCACAUUCACCUCAUCGCUCUGCUGCUACGGCCGGCCUUCGGACUGAGCCUCUUUAACUUAAACAUACCUGCGGACACUAAAAUUUAAAAUGAGCUGUUUAGCGAGAGAUCUUCCUUAGAAGUCCUGUGAGUGAACCUGAGCUGUGCUAAUAUUAAAGCUAGAAAGGGAAAAAGUAGAGGUAAGCUUUAUCCCUGUGGACAUGGACGAUUGUGCCAAGUCACUGCCAUCAGCACACUCCAGAAAUGUGCUUGGAAUGAGGAAUGCGUCAUUGCACCCCUUAGAGGAGGCUGUUUUAAAGGGAAAGGCUUUGUUUACAUUAAAUGUGUCUUAGAAGUGCUGUUCCACUACUCACCGUAGCUGUGGGCUUGUUCUCUGCUGCUUCUUGGAACUUACCAAGGAAGUGUUUGAUGUGUGUUUUUAAUUAUCAUUCCCUUAAGUGUUCCUGUUUAAAUAAUUGAAUAGUCAGCAAUGCACAUGACUCUGGAGGAGCUAAAGACAGCUCGAAUGUCCUAGAGGAGCUUUUUUUCUAAUGAAGAAAGGGUGUACUCAACAGUGACCAACAGUUAACUGAGCACUGUGAGAGCAGCAUCAA